UCAAGCUCAAAAUCAAAAUGAGUAGUUAUGUGCGCCGUUCGGGCGGCGACAUUGACAGCGAUUCGUCGAAUAUUCUCGUUCGCCAUUUUGUGAAUGCUUUAAGAUUUUGUGUUAAGUAAUGAAGCUUGGCUCAUCCUGGUGGACCUCGAAUUUCGCCGGCCAGGAUGUCUGAGAAGUGUAUUGUGGGGAAGCCCGUGCUCAAACGACAUGAGGUUGCAAGGCCUAUACACAUCCAGAGGUUGGAGGCCGCUUUAGAUAUCAGACCGUUUGUGAGGCAGGUGGAAAGGAUACUCAACUCGGACCGUGGGAGCGACAGUGAUGAUGAUUCCGACAGCAAAUCCAUGGCUAAUGAGAUGUCGAAAGGCGAUAGGAACAUGCAUGGUGUUGUGACCACUAAACCAGAAAGACAGAGCGAUCGGCUAAGGCUUUACAACUUGGCAUCAGUAGGAGAGGAAAGGCAGUGGCUCAGGGAUGUGCUACUAUCAUCAGAGACAGAGUCGAGCAGUGAUGAAGACAGCCCCUCUGCUAAGGACCAGAGGAUACGGAGACUGCUGAAGGAGAGGCAUCGUCAUAACAAAUAUGCAAAAGACUAUUAUAAGGACCCAGGAAACUCCCGCUACAUGUACUACGGCGCUGGUCUCCUAUCAACCAUCGACCGCUAUCCGGAACGCCGAAUCAGUAGGCCGGUACCUUCCGCCGGUAAUAGAGGUCGCAGAGGUCGUCCGUCCGAAAGAGGCAUGACUAGAGGCCAGAAACCUAGGAGAGGUCGGGCGAAAGAUGGACGCGGUUGUGUUGAAGGUAGCGAUGUGCCCGAUGGUAUGGACUGGGAAGAGCAACUAAAACAUCUCAAGGAGGAAAAUGACACCGAUGACUUCACUAUCGUCGAGAAACCAGGAGUCAGAGGUCGUAAAAAGUUAUCGACCCUCAAAAGCCCCGAAGCGUUGACGGCUCGCCGCAGACGGCAUUGGCAACUGCUAGUCAAAAAGGAAUUAGGCAAAGUCCAAAGGGCUAGGACUGCCGCACAUAGGGAACUCAUGCUGCAGAGGAAAAGAUUGGCCACGCUUUGCUGCAAACAUUGGCGGCAUGUGGCAAUGCAGUCGCAAAAGAAUAUGAAGGAAACCGUAUGGAGAUGUAAGAGGCUCAGUCGAGAGAUGCAAGCGUAUUGGAGAAGAUACGAUCGCGCCGAGAGAGAAACCAGAAGACGUAUGGAACGGGAGGCCGAAGAGCAAAGGAAGAUGGAUGUAGAGCUAAUGGAAGCGAAACGCCAACGCCGCAAGCUGAAUUUCCUUAUCACUCAAACUGAGUUGUAUGCGCAUUUCAUGCAAAAGAAACUGAACGCAGGCGAGGUCUGCGACAGCGAUGCUGAUAUGAUACUCCAACAGCUGGACGAAGAUCGGGAUCCGAGGCUGGCAGCUAUUGAUAACUACGAUAGUGAAGCAAUGAAGGCUCGAGCUGCGAAGAACGCCCGGGAAGCAUUCCAAGCGGAAAGAGCACGCACUCAAGCUUUAGACGCUUCCGAUGGUGCAGAUAAGAACGAGCGUAGGGGGGACUACGACCAGCCCGCUAUCUUCAACGGAACUCUCAAGGGUUACCAACUUAAAGGGAUGAACUGGCUCGCGAACCUUUACGAUCAGGGUAUCAGCGGUAUUCUAGCAGAUGAAAUGGGUCUCGGGAAGACGGUUCAGUGCAUAGCAUUUCUGUGCCACGUAGCAGAAAGGCUGGGCGUUUGGGGACCCUUUCUGGUAGUGUCACCCGCUUCUACAUUGCACAAUUGGCAACAGGAGAUGCAACGAUUUGCGGGUGAUUUUAAAGUGGUACCGUAUUGGGGUAGUCCGAGCGAGCGUAAAAUUCUUCGACAAUUCUGGGAACGUAAGGACCUGCACACACCGCAAGCGGCGUUCCACGUAGUAGUGACGUCAUACCAGAUCGUUGUAUCCGAUCUCAAGUAUCUGAACCGCGUAUCAUGGCAGUACAUGAUACUCGACGAAGCGCAGGCUAUCAAAAGUUCAGCCAGUAUGCGAUGGAAGUUAUUGCUUGGCUUCAGUUGUAGGAAUCGGCUGCUGUUAUCAGGAACACCAAUACAAAACAGUAUGGCGGAACUAUGGGCAUUGCUACAUUUCAUAAUGCCGACGCUGUUUGAUUCUCAUGACGAGUUUAACGAGUGGUUCUCUAAGGAUAUCGAGAGCCAUGCCGAAAAUAAAACUACUAUAGAUGAGAAACAUCUAUCGAGGCUGCACAUGAUUCUUAAACCAUUCAUGCUUCGAAGGAUCAAGAAGGAUGUAGAGAAUGAACUAUCCGACAAGAUAGAGAUUAUGGUCCACUGCCCGUUGACUAUUAGACAGAAACUGUUGUACAUAGCACUAAAGAAGAAAAUAAAAAUAGAAGAGUUAUUACAUUAUUCUGUUGGUUCGGAAUCUGGUCAUAAUGUAGAUAAAAAUUUUACAUCCAAUCUCAUGAAUUUAGUUAUGCAAUUUAGAAAGGUAUGCAACCAUCCGGAACUAUUCGAAAGACGUGACGUACGCUCUCCUUUCGCGAUGCAAAUCGACGAUUACCAUUUACCAAAGAUAAUCGCCGAAGAUUGUAUCCUACUGAGAAAGAUUCCCUCAAAACGACACAUUUUAUACAACAAACUGUGCGUUCUAUCACCCGACUAUGUACAUAGGAGUAUCAGUGAUAGUUUGUAUAGUGGCUAUGCAUUUAUGAGGUUUAUGGAUCUAUCGCCAAUAGAAAUGUAUAGAGUUAUGGUAUGCGGCUGGUUGUACGCAAUACAACACAUAGAUCAAAGUUUAGAAAAAUAUGAGAAACUUCGUCAUAGACAACAGUGGUGGCUAUCAACACCACAGUGUGAGGUGAAACAAGAAAUAGACGAAGACACGUGCGACAGUGGGACAGACUAUGAUAGAGUGAAUAGUAAAGACUUUCUUCUGAUAUGUCCAGAUGGCGAUGUUUUGAGAAAGAGGAAAGAUGAUUGUCUUCUAUGGAAGGAGCUGUUGUUCACUGAUCCACUUUGGGUUGAAGGUGGUCCAUUCUACAUCCACACCGAGCACACUUUGCAUUACAUGUCAGAGACUGUCGAACAUCGAGCUUUGAGGACCAGGAACUCUAAACUCAUUGAUGGACAGACUGAAAUGUUGAGCGAAAUAAAAACCGAAGAGGGCGGAGUUAUAGCGGUGGAACCCCAGUCGGUGGAGAUUCCCGAGUUUCCUCACGUGGAACGACCACCGAGAGUUUACCAAGAUGUGCCCACACCGUUACCAGCUUUCCUCUAUACUGUACAGCAGAAGGUGCAAUCGUUCGCCCUCAAGCCGUUUGCGGUGUCCAGAAGCUUCGCCCACCACUGCGUGCGUCACCAGCACAGCGAGAGUGCAGAGGGCGAACACACCCUCGCCAGACUCGUGGCAGCAGCCCGACCGCCGCAGGGGUGGGCGUCUCUACAAGUGCCAGAUAAAAACCAACUAGUGAGCGACGCUGGCAAACUGACUGUGCUGGAUUCACUACUGAAAAGGCUGAAAGAACGCGGCCACCGCGUCCUUAUAUACAGCCAGAUGACCAAAAUGAUUGACUUGCUGGAGGAAUACAUGUGGCAUCGUAAACACAAGUACAUGAGAUUAGACGGCUCCAGUAAAAUCUCUGCACGCCGGGACAUGGUUGCUGACUUCCAGGCUCGGACAGACAUAUUCGUGUUCCUACUGUCAACGCGAGCGGGAGGUCUUGGCAUCAACCUGACUGCGGCUGAUACUGUGAUAUUCUACGACUCCGAUUGGAACCCGACAGUGGAUCAACAAGCCAUGGAUCGCGCUCAUCGUCUCGGUCAAACAAAACAAGUGACAGUUUACAGGCUCAUUUGUAAAGGCACCAUCGAAGAGCGAAUAAUGCAGAGAGCCAGAGAGAAAAGCGAAAUACAAAGAAUGGUCAUAAGCGGUGGCAAUUUCAAACCGGAUACGCUGAAGCCGAAGGAAGUUGUAUCGCUGCUUUUGGACGAUGACGAGAUUGAACUAAAAUAUCGUCAGAAGUCAGAAGAAAAGAAAAUAAUAGAAGAAAGAGAACGCAAGAGAAAAAUGGGAAUACUACCGCCGGCAGCGCCGGUUGAACCGAAGCGGGCGCGCGAAUCCGCUUCAGAACCGGGCAGUCCUUUACAAGUGGACGAUGAUAGCGACCAGUUGCACAUAGACGCCUCGCCGCAACCUCAUUUACCAUACUCCCCGCCCGUCAGAUCUAGCUGGACUAGCAGUAGAUCGUCCCGCGGAGCCCGACGCGGUAGACCGCGAGGCUCUCGGCACGCGAUUGGUCGCCGCCCCGAAGCCACGUCCGCCGACCAGCCGCCCGCUUCCGCUGCUGCCGCUGCCGUGGCCGCACGUGCUGGUGCAGCGCUGCUCGACUCUGACGGCCCGCUGGAACCGUUGGAGGCGCCGCCUGCUAUGGAGGGGCGAGGCAGGAGGGGGCCGGGGCGACCGCGCCUGCGUACCCCCAGCCGGCCCACGCGACCCAGUCGGCGAGCCAGGCGGCCCCGCGAGCCUCUGCUGGUGCCGCUGGCGCCGCCGCCGUAGCCCCGACGCGACCCGCACAUACCAUACCAGAUUAAAAAUAUUGGAACAGCCUGCAAUAAAGGGGUUUACUAGUGGCUCCACCUACUGAAAUGCUGUUACAAUUAGAUAAAAUACUCUACUGUACGUGUACAAGUUUGUGUGGGAUAAGAUAUUACCUCUAUAGUAAUUGUAUAGUCUACGAUUUAUUGCAUAUUAACUUAUGUACAAAAGUUGCUUUUAUUCUAAAAGCAUUAUGUUGCAAAGUUUAUAAAACUUUGCUUAAAAGUUACUUGAAAUACAUGCUAAUAGUCUGUAUAUAAAGUAUUUUAGAUAUUAAUUAAAACAAAUUAGUGUAAUAAAGUAUUUUAGAUAUUAAUUAAAACAAAUUAGUGUAAAAUUAGCUAAAUAACUUUGUAUUCGUAUCGGCAAUAAACUUAAUUUGUUUGACUAAUUAUUAUUUUUUCCAAAAACUUGCAAGCUUAUGUUUGACCAAGAGGAAGUAGGCAUUUUUGAAAGAGAGCUUGAGAAAAGAUGUUUUUUAGUUCAGCCUAUUUUUAUGGCCUUCU